AUGAAGCAGAAUAAGGUUAAUAAAAUAGAUUUAGAACUUCAGUAGAAAAUUUAAAUCAAUGAAUCAAAUGUAAAUUUAUCAUGGGUUUUAAAAUUUCCAAAUUGUCAUGAAUUAUAAUCAUCAAUUUUAUAGAUGGCUUUUAUAGACCUUAAUAUUGAAAUAUAAAAUUACGAUAGAUAGGGAGCAUGUCAUAUAAUUGUAAGUAAUUAAAUUUAAUACCCUUUUAUAUAAAUUGUUGAAGGCAUGCUUAUAUAUUAAAAAUAGAAAUAUUUAUUUUUGAGUGAUUGCAUUGUUGAAAAAAAAAAAUUUAUCUGUCAUUAAAGUUAACUAUUUUUAAUUAAAAUCUCUAAUAAUCAAGGUCGAUUAAUUUUUAUAUUUGCUCAUCCAAUAUCCUAAAAAGAAUGGUUUAAGAUACUAAAAUUAUCAGCCAAAUAAAAUAACUUUGCUUAAAAAUAUCGAAUAAAUGAAAUUCUAAUGGCUAAUAUAUUUUCUGUUUUUGAAAGAAGAAAGAAUAAAAAAUUAGUAGCAUAAAUAAUAAAGAAAAAAGAUAUAAAAUAAUAAGAAUAAUAUGAAAUUAUCAAUAAUUAUAUUAAAAUUCUAAGAAGUGGCAAAAUUAUGAACUAUUAUCCAGUAUUAAGUAUUUUUGAUGAUAUUGAAAGUAUUUCAAUAAUUACUUAUUAAUUCUAUGGAACAACUUUAGAAUCACUACUAUUGAGUACUUAAUAAGCAGUUCCAUAAUCAGAUUUAGCAUUCAUUUUUUAUUCUGUUUUGUAAUCUUUAAGAAGUCUAUAAGAUGAAGAGUUAUUUCACGGAUAUCUUUGUUUAGAGAAUAUUAUAAUGGCAAAUGUAUUGGGAUCAUUGUAGGUUUACUUAAUAAACUCAAACUAUAAAGUAAAUUAAUGAAACUAUUUAAUAGCCCUAUAAUGAAAAUAAUUUAGAUUUUUAUUUAAAUUCAAUUCCGAAUUAUUUAUUAGCUCCAGAACUUCAAUCUUUUUAGGAUUUACCAUCAGUUAAAUCAGAUAUGUAUUAAUUAGGAAUGGUUUUUUUUUUGAUUAGCUUUUAUUCAAAAGGGUAGAUUUUUAACAGACAAUAUAUAACUAAAAUGUCUUAGAGUAAAAGAGAACUUAUCAAAUAAUAAGAAAAUAACUUUUAAAAAUGUCGAGAUUCAGAUUUUCCAAAUUUAUAUAGUGCAUGUUAAUUGGAUCUUAUUAAAAAGAUGAUUGAUAAUGAUCCUGAAAGAAGAAUAUCUGUAAAUGAUGCUAUUAAACAUGCAUGGUUUAUAAAUACAAAGGAUAAAUUAAAAUCUAAAAAGAUAUAAUCAAUGAAUCGCAAUCUACCUAGUUUAAGAACAAUUAUAGAAAUGGUUGAAUAAAGUGAAUAAGAUAUUCGAAGAAAAUCAUUUUAACUUAGUAAUGUUUAGUAUAGCAAAAAGAUACUAGAAUGUGCUACCUCUAUUUAGCAAUUAGAUUUUAAUACUUUACAAUAAUAAUAAGAAGCAAGUCCUAUAGUUAAAUCCUUGGAAAGCCAAAAUGAAAAUAUAGAUGAAGAACAUGAAAUAAGUAAUUUAAUAUACAAACUUAAUAAUAAACAAUAUUUUAUGAUGCCCUCUUUAUUAGGCCACUUAAUUUAAGAUAAAAAUUAAUACAGACUAGUUUAACCUAAGAAUCAUUUGCCUUCAUUUUAAGACUGA